AUGGUCGGAGAAUCAUCCAAUAUCCGCCGAAAAAAGUUCGGCAACGUUUUGCGGACCGACCCAGAUGAAGAAGAAUUAUCGUUUCGUAUCAGUAACACCUCUGAAGCCAACUCUUCUAAUCACGAUCAAGCUCCGACCAUGAACACAGACAAUAAUUCUCCUUACAAUAACGAGCCUCCAUGGGACCAAUCGUCUCCUUUUUCAGCACCUUCAUGGGAUCAGACGGCGUCGUCUCCGAUUCAACAGCCCUCUUGGGACCAACUAUCGCCAUUAGCAAAGUCUCCAUGGUCCUGUCACGUUGCACCGCCCAAUGAGAACUAUUCUUACACCGGUCUUAUGGGCUCACUUGUCCGUGAAGAAGGCCAUAUAUAUUCAUUAGCAGCCUCCGGGGACUUGUUAUACACCGGAUCGGAUAGCAAAAACAUCAGGGUCUGGAAGAACCAGAAAGAAUUUUCAGGGUUCAAAUCGAACAGUGGUCUGGUUAAAGCGAUUGUUAUCGCCGGCGAAAAAAUUUUCACCGGUCAUCAAGAUGGUAAAAUCCGUGUAUGGAAGGUCUCUGCGAGGAAUCCAAGCGUUCACAAGCGAAUUGGAACUUUACCAACAUUGAAAGCUUAUAUAAAAAGUUCAUUCAAUCCGAGCAAUUAUGUUGAAGUGAGAAGGAACCAGAAUGCUGUCUGGAUCAAACACUUCGACGCCAUUUCUUGUCUUAGCUUGAACGAGGACCAAACCCUUUUGUACUCAGCUUCUUGGGACAAGACCAUUAAGGUUUGGAGGGUAUCAAACUCAAAAUGCUUGGAAUCCAUUAAUGUCCAUGACGAUGCUGUAAAUUCAGUCGUUGCAGGCUUUGAUGGGUUAGUCUUCACCGGCUCAGCCGAUGGAACCGUUAAAGUAUGGCGGAGAGAGUUACAAGGUAAAGGAACAAAACACUUCUUUUCACAGACAUUAUUGAAGCAAGAAUGUGCAGUCACGGCUUUAGCGGUUAACACGUCGGCGACGGUACUGUACUGCGGCUCAUCGGACGGGCUUGUGAACUUCUGGGAACGAGAGAAGCUUCUCUCUCAUGGCGGAGUUCUGAGAGGCCAUAAACUUGCGGUUUUGUGCUUAGCUGCAGCUGGGAAUUUGGUGUUUAGUGGGUCGGCUGAUACGAAUAUAUGCGUGUGGAAGAAAGAAGAGAGUGAUCAUACGUGUUUGUCUGUACUUGGUGGUCAUACCGGGCCGGUGAAGUGCUUGGCCGUGGAAGAAGAUCAAGAGUCGAUCCCCGAUGAUCGCCGGUGGGUUAUUUACAGUGGAAGCUUGGACAAGUCGGUGAAGAUUUGGACGGUGUCAUCGAAAUUGACCACAAUGCAAAUGCAGGAGAACCAUGCAGAAAGUUUCAACACGCCGCAGACAUUCCCGUCCGUUCAUAGCUUGUCUUCUCAAGGUAGUAAAACGAGCCAAAGGAAAAAGUAUUAG